AUGUCUUCAAGGUUUAGCUCGAAUCUCCACCAGCGCGACGCCCGUUCCCAGCUCUUCUCUCCCUACGAGCAGCGCAAAGCCUCGCCAUCGCCGCACUCGCGCCCCGCGAGUAGACCAGCUUCUGGCGCCGGCUACGGCUUCCCGGGCGCCGCUAAUCCGGGCCCCGCCUUUUCGGCCUAUCCUGGCGCAUCCAACCCCCCGCCGAGUCAGAGCAGUUACCGGAGCGCAACGCCCAAUACGCGCGGUCAAUACAGCGAUGCAGUGCUGAGCGAGCUGGAAAGCCAGAAUGACGAGCAGCUGAAUGGCAUGAGCGCCAAGGUCAAGAUGCUGAAAGAUAUCACAUUGGCCAUCGGCGACGAAAUCCGUGAUUCGACCGCGCUCGCCGAGAAGAUGAACGACUCGUUCGAUAGCACUCGUGUGCGCCUGCGCGGUACCAUGAACCGCAUGCUCCGCAUGGCGGAGCGCACCGGCGUCGGCUGGAAGGUCUGGGUGGCCUUCUUCGCUGCUGUUAUCUUCCUGUUCUGGUAUGUCUGGCUGUUUUGA